GAAAUUACAACUAGAAAUGCAGUUGUCCGCCGAUUAUUGAACAGUAUGAAGAGCCAUACUAUUCCGAUUCUGCUCCUACUUGGAAUCAUUUGUGCGGUGCUGAUUGCUGCCCAUCCGCACGAUCUUAUCGGGACUACAGACGAUCCCAACUAUGAUGUCUUGGAGGAAUCUGGCAGUGGAUACAAUAGCGCCGAAGAGUUUAUGAACGCAAUGGACGAACUAAUUAGACGGUGGCAGGAAUACGACGAAGCUCAUGAAAACUCAACAGACCACUUGAGUCUCGAUUACGAUGAAACCACCUUGGAUUCGAUUGAUUCCGUUACUAAGCCAGUAGCAUAAUUGUAAAUAAAAUAUCCUUUUCUAAUUUA